AUGUCUGGACGGGCUCCUUCCGACUACAACUACGACCCGAGACGGGGCUCUAGCACCCGGCCCGCCAACGGAUACGGCCAGGGUCAGGGCCAGGGAUCGACAAGACAAGGCCAAAGCAAACCCCCUCAAGGAUACGCCAUGACCCAAUAUUUGAACACCCCCCACAGGCACGAAACCUGGGACUGGGAGAAGAAAGCCAAGGAAAGGAACGAAAAGAACACAAGGCUUUAG